AUGGAGCAAAACCAGAUUGACGACGCCGGCUAUGAUGCCAUUCAGUCCGAGGAUGAAGAGCUGGCCCUUGGCCACGCCAUCGAAGGUAUGUCCGCACCGUUCAAAAAUGUUGAAACCCCAAGUGUCAACUGCGUCGUAGAUAUCGUUCAAACCCGUAUCUUCCCGCCCGGCCUCGUCGACGUCGUUCACGUCAUCGAUCUCAACAUCACGAUUGACAACCAGCCGCACUUCAUUGUCGCCAUGAUCAUCGACUACGGCGGCAUGCGCCACACCCUCUCGCGCACUCCGCGCCCCGUCGGCACUCCUGUUCUCGACGUCAUUCAAGAAAUGUACGACUGCUUCCUCAUGAUAACCAAGAGCUACAUGGGCGGCCUGGACGGUCCAUGGGAGCCCAUCACUGUCGACCUCGAGACAGUCUGGGGCUACGGCAACGGUCCGGAGACCAGACUCACGGAGCUGGACCGCUGGAUCCGCGAGAAGGCUAACCCUCUGUACCACGAAGCCGUCGGAAAGGCCCCGUUCGUGCGCACCACGUACCCCGACUCGGACCCGCGCAUCGCGGUCCUGAACUCCAUCUACGUCAAGGUUUCCCGCCACCCGGCCCUGCGCGCCUACUUCCCUUACCUCCAGGUCUGCAUCGUUGACGACCCCACUAACGCUGGCUGGCGCUGCUUCGCCGUCGUGUUCUCGACUGUCCGCUACGUCGCCCUCACUUCGGUCAUGGGCAUGGAUCACAUCCCUCGGUACGGCUCGACUUUGGAGGCCCUGCGGGCGCUUGACUGCGAGCUUCUUUGCCAGGACUGGGUUGUGGCGCAGGAGUGGAGGGGCGGUUGGGAUGGUGCGGUCGGGAGGCGCAGCGCGCCGCUUCCUGACACAGACGAUUCUUAG